CCCCCCCCCCCCCCCCAGACAGCACGGAGCGGAGACCCGCUGUGACGCCUCAAGACUCUGGAUCUCCGUGCGGUUCGGGGGGUUUAUCUGCGACCUGCUGGACUUCUGAGAGAGUGUGCUGUGUGUUUGCGGAGCUGGACCUUCUGACUGAGGGGAACCACUGGGAUCGGAUUCCAAGGAGACUGAAGACCGGGUUUAGAGCCUCUCCUCCGGCGGACCCGAACUCUCCACCUGUUGUUCCCGGAAGACCCUCAAAAAACCCGAGCGGCUCCGGACAGAGCCGAGGGGAGGGGGCGGGGGUCCAGGUGUGUAUAUUGGGGGGUAGUCGGGGUGAUGGUGGUCCAGGUGUGCAGAUGGCUCGGCGGGACGCGGUGAGGUGUGUGCGCGGACUCCUGUACGCGCUCAACCUGCUCUUCUGGCUGAUGUCAGCAUGUGUGCUGGGAGUGGCAGCGUGGAUCAGAGACCCCCUGAACUCUGUCCUGACCCUGACAGCUCACACCAGGCUGGAGGAGGCGGCUAUCCUCUCCUACUCGUCUCCUCUUCAUCCCGUCCUCCUCUCUGUCUGCUGCUUCCUCAUCAUCAUAGCCAUGGUGGGGUACUGUGGAGCUCUGAGGGGGGACCUUCUGCUGCUGGCCUGGUAUUUCUGCAGUCUGCUGCUGAUCUUCUGUGUGGAGCUGGCCAGCGCGGUGUGGACCUACGAACAGCCCUCGGUGCAGAUCUCUGAUAUGAUCAGUCUGAAGUCACGGAUGCAGAACUACGGCCUGCAGCGCUACCAGUGGCUCACACACACCUGGGACAGCAUCCAGACACAGUUCCAGUGCUGUGGGGUGAUCUAUUUCACUGAUUGGCUGGAGAUGACAGAGAUGGACACGCCCCCCGACUCAUGCUGCUCCAAUCAGUAUCCAGGAUGUGCAGGCCACGCCCACCUGCACGACCUCAGCGACCUGCACCAGGAGGGUUGCGGCCCCCGGGUGUUCAGCUUCGUGCGGGGGUCGGGCGCUCUGCAGGCGUUGCGGUUGCUCGGCGUGGCGCUGGGCGUGGCUCAGAUCGUUGCCAUGGCACUGAGCCUGACGCUGAUGUGGGCGCUUUGUUACGGGAGGAGGGAGCCCCCUCCUCACCCAGACCCCCCCCAUCAGGACGUGGGGGCGACACUGGAGAUGGAGCGACUGACGUAGAAAUUACGAGUCAUAAUUUCUGUCAGUUUAAAAACUUCAUAAACACUAAAAUAAGAAAAAGAGAAUAAAUAUUUAAUUUGAUAAAUUGUAAGGAAAGAAUAAAACACAUAAAAUCGAUUAAAAAAAAACACCCCCCCUUAAUUUAGGAUUUAUAACACUUCCUGCUAAAGUUUCACAAUAAAAGUCUUUUGAAAUGCGGUGUUUAAAGGUCUUUGACUGUGAAACAUCUGGAGACUUAAUCAGAAAGAAAAAAAGAGUGUUUUAUUCUUCAUUGCUGUCAUUAAUCAGCAGUGUUCUCUUAGCAAUGCUGCUGCAGGAUAUCCCUGUACGCUGAUUCAUCCUCUGCUGGAGGACCUUCAGAUCCUCUCUUGAGUCUUUAUGUUGGUCUCAUUCAGUUUAACCAACAGAAAUAUCGAUGAUAAACUAAAGUAAAGGAGAGAAGAAGAAUCUCUGGACCUGAGGACGCCUUUUAGAAACUCGGAUAAAAACUCUGAUAUAAAUAAAGAGAGACAGUUUGGACUCUAAGAGGACCUGAAAAGGAAGAAGAGCUCUCAUUAAUUACGAGUGUUGAAUCAUAUUUGUGCAUGAGGAAUAUUAUUUGUUUUACUGUAAUAAAACCUGAUGAGUGGACAUUUGA